UGUUCAGAAUCCCAGCUUCCUCUCCUUCACUGUGGAGAAAAGCACCAGGGGGAACCAGGGACGUUUAGCAAAACGAGAAGAUGAGUUUAAUGUGCAGAUAAUUCCUUCAAUAAGGUCCUGGAAUUCUUAAUUCUACAUUUACUCAGGGAUCUAAAACUGGUGCUUUGAAAAGCUAACCAACUCAUAAUCAAACAUAAUGAAGAAGUAUCACCAUUUGAUUUUUGCAACAAUCUGUUGUCUUUUACUCUCAGGCAAUCAUGAGGCUGAUGCACAGCAGAAAGAAACUACACAAGAAUCUGCUGACAUUAUUUUCCUUAUUGACGGAUCAAAGAACGGCGCUGUCACUUUCUCAGCCAUUCGUGAUUUCAUUGCAAAUUUAAUUGAAAGACUCUCAGUUGGAGCUGAGCUCAUACGCAUUGGGGUGGUUAUGUUUAGUGAUGAACCCAGAACUGUAUUCUCCUUGAACAGCUACACCCAAAAAGUUGAUAUUCUAGAGGCAGUGAAGGCCCUUAGUAUUCUUGGUGGCGAGGAAGCUAAUAUUGGAGAUGCUCUUGAUUUUGUCAUGCAAAACCACUUCACCCACUCAGGAGGCAGCAGAAUAGAGGAAGGUGUGCCACAGAUUUUAGUGCUCAUAAGUAGCAUUGAGUCUAGUGAUGACAUAAGAGAAGGAGUUUUAGCCAUGAAGCAAGCUAGUAUAUUCUCAUUUUGCAUUGGGGUCCAAAAUGCUGACAAUGCAGAGCUUCAGCAAAUAGCUACUGAUGCAAGCUUCAUAUUUACUGCCCUGGAUACACGUAACCUUGGUGAACUUCAAGAACUCUUACUGCCAAACAUUGUUGGAGUGGCCCAAAGACUCAUUUUGUUAGAUGCCCCAACUAUUCUUACAGAAGUUGUUGAAGUCAAUAAGAGAGACAUAGUCUUCCUGAUAGAUGGUUCUACUGCAUUGGGAUCCGCCCCCUUUAAUGCAAUUCGUGAUUUCGUGGCCAAAAUCAUCAACAGAAUGGAAAUUGGACCAGAUCUCAUUCAAGUUGCAGUGGCACAAUAUGCAGAUUCUGUAAGACCAGAAUUUUAUUUUAAUAGCUUCCAGACGAAAAAAGACAUUGCCACCAAUGUUAGGAAAAUAAAACCAAUGGGUGGUACUACACUUAAUACAGGCUCGGCAUUGCGGUUUGUUAAAGACAACUUCUUCACCAGCGCCGCUGGAGCCAGGAUUGAUGAAGGUGUCCUUCCCAUGUUGAUUCUGAUCACUGGGGGUGUGUCCAGAGAUGAUGUUGUCCAACCAACGCAAGAAAUUAAAAAGAAUGGCAUCGUGGUCCUUGCUGUGGGAGCCCGAAAUGCUGACCGUACCGAACUUGAAAAAAUUGCCUACGAACCAAGCCUGGUUUUCACCCCCACAGAAUUCCGCACAGUUGCACUAACAGUCAUCAUUCCUGAUGUUUUGUCAUCUAUAAGGUCACUCCCUAUAAAAAUUUGGGAAAUACCAUCAACAGAAGGUAAUUUCUUUGUAACCAAAAGAGAUAUCGUCUUUCUUUUGGAUGGAUCAGUCAACGUUGGAAAUACCAACUUCCCAUAUGUCCGUGACUUUCUUGUGAACCUAGUUAAUUCCCUUGAUGUUGGAAUUGAUGAUGUACGAAUCGGCCUAGUGCAAUUUAGCGAGAACCCCAAAACAGAAUUCUUUUUAAACUCCUUCCUAACCAAGGCAGAUGUCCUUUCUCGUCUGAGGCAGUUGAGACUGCAAGGGGGGUCAAUUCUGAAUUCAGGAGCUGCACUAGAUUUUGUGCGUUCCAAUCACUUCACUGAAACAGGUGGGAGCAGGAAAGAUGAGAAUGUCCCUCAAGUGCUAGUCUUCCUUGCGGCAGGGCCAUCUGCUGAUGCCUUCCAAGAUGCCGCCAAUGCCUUAGCUCGUGCGAGAGUGCUCACCUUUUGUGUUGGGGUUAGGAAUGCCAAACUGGCAGAACUUCAGCAGAUCGCAUUUAAUCCACAAAUAGUAUAUUUUAAGGAUGAAUUCAGCUCUCUGCCAGCUUUACCACAGGAAAUGAUUAGUCCACUAACAACAUAUGUUAGUGGAGAUGUGGAAGAAAUUACGAUCACAUUAACAGAAAACAAGAUUGAUAUUUUAUUUUUGAUUGAUGGCUCAAUGAACGUGGCUGGCCAGUUUCCUGCUGUUCGAGAGUUUGUGUUCCAAAUUAUUUCUGACCUGACUGUGGGGCCAGAUGCUGUACGAGUAUCUGUAGCACAAUUUAGUGACAAUGUAAAUGUGGAGUUCAACUUUGAUGUCCCAUCCAAGAUAGAAAUCCUUCAGAAAGUAAGAAAGAUGAGGAUGAAAGGAGGAAGGCUACUGAACAUUGGAGCUGCACUAGAUUAUGCCAUAAAAGACAUCUUUGUGAGACAUGCUGGGAGCAGGAUUGAAGAAGGCGUGCCACAAUUUCUGGUUCUUCUUGUGGCUGGGAGAUCAGAUGAUAUUGUGGAUGAAAGUGCUGAUACCCUGAAACAAACUGGUGUGAUUACUUUUGUUAUCCAAACCAAAACCUCUGAUCCGGUUGAAUUAGAAAAGAUAGUUUAUGCUCCUCAGUUCAUUCUAAAGGCUGAUACCCUUUCUCAAAUUGGAGACAUACAACCCGAAAUAGUCAAUCUGUUGAAAACCAUAGAACUUAAACCUCAAGCUCAGAAGAAGAAUGAUGUAUUUCUAAUAGAUGGUUCAGAUGGCUCCAGAAGUGGUUCCACAUAAUUUAAUACUUUUGAACAAAGAAUUGCUGAUAGUCUGGAAAUUGGUCCUGAUAAAGUCCAGGUUGCUAUGACCCAGCACAGUGAUACUAUCAACUUAGAGUUCCUUCUGGAUGAAUAUUGUGACAAGAUUGAGGUGAUCAAGGUCAUCCAGAGAUUAUUUCCUAUGGGCUCUUCACUUAACAUAGGGGCAGCCCUUAAUUACGUGUUCCUGAGCCCACCUGGAAGCAGGAUACCUGAAGGUGUCCCAUAGUUCUUGAUUCUGCUGACAGCUAAAAAGAUAAGAGAUUAUGUCAAAAAGGCUUCCUUAUAUCUGAAGAGUCUUUUUAGCAUUGGCAUUGAAAAUGCAGAUGUCACUGAGUUGCAGACAAAUUAUUUUGUUGCUGAAUUUGCUGUCUUUGUUUUUGGUAUUAGUGAACUGAAUACUUUACAGCAACUCAUUUCAGUCACCCAACUGACCAGAGCAGAAAUAGAAGCUUUGGCCCCUCAGCUGAUUUUUUCACCACUUGGUCUAGAUACAAAGAAAGACGUUGUUUUCCUUAUUGAUGGCUCUCAGUUUGCAAUUUCUGAGUUCCCUUCAAUUUGUGAAUUUAUCGAACGGCUUGUAAACAAUAUGAAUGUGGGUUCAGAUGCUACUCGAGUAGCUGUAAUUCAGUUCAGUGAUAAUCCUAAAGUUGAAUUUUUACUGAAUGAACAUUCUACCAAGGAGGAGGUGCUGGCUGCCGUGAGAAGACUAAGUCCCAGAGGAGGGAGGCAAGUGAACCUUGGUUCUGCCCUAGAAUAUGUGUCAAAGAAUAUCUUUACAAGGCCUUCUGGGAGCCGCAUAGAGGAAGGAGCACCUCAGUUUUUAAUCCUUCUUUAUUCCCACCGAUCUCAUGAUGAUACAGAGAACCCAGUACACCUGAUCAAACAGAUUGGUGUGGCUCCGCUUCCUAUUGGAAAGAAUGUGGAUCCUGAGGAACUGAUCAAAAUAGCACUUGGUCCUGAUUAUAUAUUUCAAGUGUCAACUUACCAAGAUCUACCUAGUCUGGAACAGAAAAUAUUAACCCCUCUUACAACAUUAACUACCCAGCAGAUACAAAAAAUCAUUACUGAUACAAGUCGCCCUCCAGACAUUGAUAGUGAAGCAAAGGACAUCAUCUUCCUUGUUGACAGCUCUGAUGAUGUCAGACCAGAUGGACUUGCUCACAUUCGUGAUUUCAUUUACCGGAUUGUCCAGCAACUAGAUAUCCAACCAAGCAGAGUGAGAAUUGCUGUUGUCCAGUUUAGCAAUGAAGUGUUUCCAGAGUUCGACUUAAAAGCCUACCUGACCAAAGAGAGUGUGCUACAAGCCAUACGGCGCUUAAGACACAAAGGCGGUUCUCCCCUGAAUGUUGGGAAAGCUCUGGACCAUGUCAUGAAGACUCUCUUUAUCAGAUCAGCAGGGAGUAGGCGAGAAGACGGAGUCUCCCAGCAUUUAGUCCUCUUGCUUGGAGGGAGAUCCCAGGAUGAUAUCAGCAGGCCUUCCAUUCUGGUGCAGAACUCUGGGAUUAGUACUCUAGGAGUUGGAACAAGACAAGUUGACAGUGCGGAAUUGCAAAGGAUCAUCAGCAAUCCCAAAACUGCAUUUAUUGUGAGAGAUUUUACUGAGCUCCCAGCAAUAGAAAAGCGUGUCCUUGCAGCAAUUAAGACAGAACCAGAGCCAACUGAACUGCCUACUGAUGUUAUCACUGUUGAUAAAAAACAAGGUGAUAUUGUCUUCUUGCUGGAUAGCUCUAUUAAUUUUGGGAGAGACAAUUUCCCCAAUGUUGUUGAAUUUAUACAUGACUUAAUUGAUGCUAUUUAUGAUGAAGGCGAUUCCAUUCGAGUUGGCUUAGUGCAAUACAACUCUGAUGUGAGUGAUGAAUUCUUUCUGAAGGAUUUCUCUGACAAAGAACAUAUCUUAGAAGCAGUGAAGAAGAUAGCCUACAAAGGAGGCAGAAUUGCCAAUACAGGAGCAGGUGUCAAGCAUAUCCAAGUAAAACAUUUUGUGAAGGAAGCUGGCAGCAGGAAAGACCAGAAUGUCCCUCAGAUUGCUGUCAUUGUAACAGCAGGAAAGCCAGAAGAUGAUGGAGAGGCAGCAGUCUUAGGGCUGUCUCAGUCGGGUGUCAAGGUCUUUGCAGUUGGUGUGAAAAACAUUGACCUGAAUGAAAUUACAAAGCUCUCCAGUGACAGCACAACAGCCUUUAGGGCUUCAACGCCCCAGGUCCUCUCAGAGCUCAAUGAGGCUGUUCUGGUGACCCUGAAUGAUGUCAUGAGAGAACAAUUAUGUCGUGGUGUGGUGGAAGUCUCCAGAGAUUGCAAUCUGGAUGUUAUAUUUGGAUUUGAUGUCUCAGGUACUGUACAAGGGCAAAACAUAUUCAGUGUACAAAGAAUGCUGGAAUCAAUAGUGGAAGAUAUUCUGAACAGGAUCAGUCAAAUGCAGAAAAUUAGCUGCACUCCCAAUCAGGCACCCACAGUGCGUGUGGCAUUCCUGGCACAGACUCCCUCUGGAGUUGUAGAAGCCUUUGAUUUCUCAGAGUAUCAGCCUGAGUUGUUUGAAAAAUUUCAGGCCUUGCGAAAUGAUGGACCAUAUGUGUUCACAGCAGACACUCUCAAAUCUUACCAGGAUAAAUUUAAAACAGCUCCUACUGGAAGUACAAAGGUGGUGAUCCACUUAACUGAUGGUAUUGAUGGUGCUAUGGGACCGCUGGCAGCUGCAUCAGCUAAUCUAAAGAAAGAAGGUGUCAAGGCUCUUAUUCUUGUUGGAUUGGAGCGAGUAUCUAAUUUUGAAGAAGCAAUGAAACUGGAAUUUGGGCGUGGCUUUACUUAUAAUAGGCCUCUCCAAGUGAAUCAGCUGGAUUUAGAUUUUGAAGUGGCAGAGCAAUUGGACAACAUUGCAGAAAGAUCAUGUUGUGCAGUCCCAUGCAAAUGUUCUGGACAACGGGGAGACAGAGGAUUUCCAGGGAUAGUUGGACCAAAGGGAAUUCCAGGGGAAAAUGGCUAUAGAGGCUAUCCAGGAGAUGAAGGUGGACUGGGUGAACGUGGACCCCCUGGGAUAAAUGGAACUCAAGGUUUCCAAGGCUGCCCAGGUGAAAGGGGAAUGAAGGGGGGCCGUGGAUUCCCAGGAGAAAAGGGCGAAUUAGGGGAGAAUGGGCUUGAUGGAAUAGAUGGAGAAGAGGGAGAGAGAGGCUUUCCAGGUGUUCCUGGGGAGAGGGGGAGCCCUGGUAGACAGGGUGGCAGAGGAAGCAAAGGAGAAAUAGGAGACCCAGGUGACCAUGGACUUCGAGGCAAUCCGGGUUCUUUUGGAACGGAUAGCAGUGACAGAGGACUCAAAGGCGAAAAGGGAGAACUUGGAUCAGCGGGAGAACUUGGAAGAAACGGACCACGAGGUGAUGCAGGAGGAGCUGGAAGAGAUGGAGCACUUGGCAGAAGAGGACCACCAGGGAUCAAAGGAAAUAAAGGUGCCCUUGGCUCACUAGGAUUUAAUGGGGAACAAGGAAUUAAAGGUCCCCAGGGACCACCUGGCACAACUGGAAUCCCUGGCCUUCAAGGAGAGCUUGGCCUCCCUGGUCAGAGGGGUGCUGGUGGCCCAGUUGGAGUUGUUGGGGAGCGUGGUAGAUCUGGUCCUCUUGGUAAAAAGGGUGACGCUGGUGAGCCUGGUCCAAAGGGACCCAUUGGGCCUCCUGGGCCUCGAGGAGAAACGGGAGAUGAUGGACGAGAUGGAGUUGGCAAGGAAGGCCCUAAAGGCAGAACGGGACAACCCGGUUUCCCAGGAUACCCAGGACCACGGGGUGUACCUGGAGAUCAUGGUGAUGAUGGUAAACCUGGCCCCAAAGGAAGCAGCGGUGAACGGGGACAUUCAGGGGAACCUGGCCAAAGAGGUCAGAAAGGAGAGAGUGGAUAUCCAGGACCACUUGGAUUUAUGGGUAGCAAAGGAGAGUCUAGAGAUCACUGCACACUUGUACGCAACAUCAAAGAUAAAUGUCCUUGCUGUUAUGGCCCAAAGGAAUGUCCUGUUUAUCCAACUGAAUUGGCCUUUGCUCUUGAUACUGCCGCUGGUGGAAAUGCAGACACUUUCAACAGAAUGAAGGACACAAUAGUGUCAAUUGUUAACAAUAUCACAAUUGCAGAAAGCAACUGCCCCAGAGGUGCCCGAGUAGCACUGGUUACAUACAACAGUGAAGUUACCACUGAGAUACGUUUUGCUGACUCCAGAAAGAAGAAGGAUUUAGUAAAACGAAUUAAGGAUCUCCAAUUUGUUCAGACAUCCAAGCAACGUAGCUUAGAAACAGCCAUGGGAUUUGUGGCCAGGAAUACUUUCAAGCGUGCACGUAGUGGCUUCCUUAUGAGGAAGGUGGCUGUGUUCUUCACCAAUGGGCCAACAAAAGCAUCUCCAAAGUUGAAUGAAGCAGUACUAAGACUGUACAUUGCUGGAGUUCUGCCUGUAUUCCUUACAAACAGAGAGGACAGGGUCCUUAUCGACGCAUUACAGAUAAACAACACUGGUGGACAGGCUUUCGCAUUUACUGGUGGCGCUAGUCAACUGGCUGCAACUAUUAGGAAAGUGUUCACAUGCCAUAUUUGUCUAGAUGUAUGUGAUCCUGAUCCCAGCUGUGGUAUCCAGAGGGGUAGCUUUGGCAGAGACAGACGGGCAGCUCCUACAGAUGUUGACAUUGAUAUAGCAUUCAUCGUGGAUAGUUCUGAGAGUACCACUCCAAUGCAGUUCAAAGAAAUUAAAAGCUACAUUUCCUAUAUAGUAAACCAACUGGAAACUAGUUCUGAUCCCAAGGUAUCUCGACAUCAUGCCAGGGUCGCUGUUGUCCAACAUGCUCCCUUUGAGUUUCAAUCCAACUCAAGCAUAUCUCCUGUCAAAGUUGAAUUGUCACUCACAGAUUAUGGACCUAGGGACAAAUUAACGGAUUUCAUUCAGAACCAAAUUUCACAACUUUAUGGAACACGGGCUGUGGCAACAGCAGUAGACUAUACAAUGAGGCAUAUUUUUGAAAGUGCACCAAAUCCCAGAGAUCACAAAGUCAUUGUUUUGAUGAUGACAGGAGGCAUUGAAAAGGAAGAACUUGAACACCUUCAGGAAGUUAUUAUAGAAGCUAAAUGUAAAGGAUAUUUUUUUGUCAUUAUUGGCGUUGGUAGGAAUAUUAAUAUUCCAAGUAUCUACAGCUUGGCAAGUGAGCCUAAUGAUGUCUUCUUCAAAUAUGCUGAUAAGGCAUCAGAACUUCAUGAAGAACCAUUGCUACAUUUUGGAAGCCUCUUACCAUCCUUCAUCAACAGUGAAAAUGCCUUUUACUUGUCUCCAGAUAUCAGGAAAAAAUGUGAUUUGUUCCAGGGUGACCAGCCAAUAAAAAAAAAUGGCCCAAAACAACUAAAUAUUCCAAAUAAUGUUACUGUCACACCUGCUGUACCAGAAAAAACAGAAGUGAUUAAACAUAAUGGAGACGUCCAGAUAACUGAUAUCACUGAAAAUAGUGCUAAGCUGCAUUGGAUGAUUCCUGAGCUUCAGAAAGUCUAUGUCUAUGACAUCAUAGUCACCUCAGCACAUGACCACUCUUUAGUUGUGAAGCUUAAUUUAACUAGCAAUGAAAGAGUCAUUGGAGGUCUUCAGAGUGGACAAAAGUAUCAUGUUGCUAUCACAGGCUACCAUAAUGCCCAGGCCAAAGCUACUUAUAAGGGAACAUUUAAUACAAAGAGCAUGCCCGCAGUCAAGGGCCCUUCAGCAGCAGCAGCAGCAGCAACCAAUGUAAUGGUGAACACUGAACCUUUGGAAGUCCUUGAAAAAGAUCCUUGCUUACUGGACCUUGACAUGGGCAUGCAGUGCAAGGAGUAUCAGGUUAAGUGGUUCUUUGACUACAAAAACAAGAUCUGCACCCAGGUUUGGUAUGGUGGGUGUGGCGGUAAUGCCAAUAGAUUUGAGACAGAAGCUGACUGCAUUAGCAGAUGUGUGAAGCCAUAUGAGAAAGAUAUGCAGCUUCCUGUCCUUGAGAAAAGUCAUUUGUCAGUCACAGAUAUCUGCCAGUUGAAGAAAGAAGGUGGUCCUUGCAGUAAUUUUGUUCUAAAAUGGUAUUUUGAUCCAGAGACCGCAAGUUGUGCUAGAUUUUGGUAUGGUAACUGUGGUGGAAAUGAAAAUAGAUUUAACACACAGAAAGACUGUGAAAAAGUCUGUGUUUCAGCUCACAUCAAGUCUGGUGUUGUGACAAUGAUUGGAACUUAAUUACAGCAAAAUAUCAACAGAUACCUCUAAGAAAACCAGGAGUCAGCCAUUGCCAACAUACCCCAUGUAGAAGCUAAGGGUAUAAGGCUCCCUUGCACUGUGCUAUUUCUGCUUUACUUUCUGCACAAAUCUUGAAGAAAGUGUUUUGCUGCAUGAUUUUAUCAAUAUGGUGCUAAAAUGUUUGUGGAUUGAAUGCUCAUUGUGUCUGGGAUAUACUCUAUAAUUUCUACAGUAUGUACUAUUUUACCCACCACCAAUUUUAUUUGAUUCAACAAAUUAGAGUUUACUUUGAAUUCUACCAGCAUACCUAUUUUGGCUAUUGUAAAGAUUCUAAAAGAAUGUGGGGAACAAACACUGCCAUUGUUAUAUACUUGUGUUUAUCAUUGUCAUAACUGAACAUAACGUUAGAUGUCUGUUCUGAAAAAAAGGAGUCAACUUUUCAUUGUACUUUUACUCUUGCUGGAUUAGACUUUAUAUCAAUCUUCCUUUAUGUAUGUGUGAUCAAUCACACCAAUGACAAAUGCAGCAUUUGCCAGUACUAUUACACUGCUGGGACUAACAACCAAGUUCAAGAGUUUUUAAAAUAUGGCGUAGAAGGUUUCUAGUAAUCCUCCAAUGUAGUGUGUUUUAUAAUUUUUAAUAUUUUUUGCUGGGGUGGGAAUUCUUUUUUUUAAUUAUUUUGUUUCUAGGAAAUCUUUACAAAAGAACUUUUAAAUAAACUUUUAAAUAAAGUUUAAAUGAGGUUUUGAAAGUCUUCACAUUUCAUUGUGGUGGUGCUUUUUACAAUAAAACAUGAUU